AACUUUUAAGAAAAGAAAUUCCAAAAACAAAAGCUGCCUCCUAUUUACUCAGAAAGACUCGAGUGUCAGUCUUUUGGUUCUUGUUGUGUUGUUGUUGGUGCAGCUGUAGAUGAGUACAAGAUGGCAGCCCUAUCAACGGCACGAGCCUCGAACAGAACCAUCCUGUGGACGGGGGCAGCUUUGCUCUCCGUCGCAACAGCGGUUGUAGUUCUGAAACGAAUACGAAGGAGACGGAAGACCGACGCUCCUCCCAAAGAGCGAAACGAUGACACUGUAGAUCCACAACUAGCUAUCUUGUUUGAGGCAGCAACGCAAGAGAGCAGACAGUUGAGGAACAUUUCCAACACGGAAAAACUCAUUCUCUACAGUCUUUAUAAGCAAAGCAAAGAAGGAAAUGCCCCUGACAAGUCGCCAGGAUGUGCAUUCAAUAUCGUGGAAAAAGCAAAGCAUAGCGCCUGGUGUCGCGCCAGGGGCAUGAACAAGAACGUCGCCAUGCUGCAUUACAUCGAGGCUGUACAGCAACUGCAAACCAACGGCAGUAUGGACCAUGGAGGAGGUGUUGACGGUGAUUUGAAUGAUAUUGAAGGUAUAGAUCUUCUUGAUGAUUUCCCCAUUGAUGGAGGCGGCCUGGGCAACAAACCGAGCUCCCUAGCAACCAACGCAGAGGAUAGUGGGGAUGGCUACAAUGGGCAAGAGCUAACCUUGGCACAAACGGUACUGAGAGCAGCUAGUCAGAAUGAUGCCAAGGAGUUACAAUCUUUGCUGAAACAAUACCCAGAAUUGGUCAACCACAGAGACGAAGACGGACAGUCGGCUCUGCAUCUGGCGGCAGAUAAGGGGGCUUCGGAAGCUUUGAAAGCGUUGAUGGAUGCUGGGGCAGAUGUAAACGCUGCUGACGGAGACGGAAUCACUGUUUUGCAUGCCGCUGUGAUUGCAGAGAACAUAGAAGCUUGCAAGUUGCUCCUGGAUCAUGGCGCAAACGCCGAAAAAGCAGAUGUGGAUGGAGACACUCCACGAAAGUGCGCAGAGGAGGAUGGUUCGAACGAAAUGAAAGAGUUGUUUGCUUCGUGUAUUCAAAAGACAUGACGAUUCGAUGCAGAACUGGGUGAGUCUACGAAAGAACUCCCAAAGUAGUAUUCCGGUACUGCUAACACAGAAGGGUCAGUAGCACUCAAGUUUUAUUGUUGACGAAUUGGUUUGCAAUCAAACGAUGCAUUGGCACAUCUCUGGCUAACCAGCAGAAGUCCGGGUUCUUCCGUGGGUCCAACCAACUGCAAGGUUAUUUGCUGCUCUAUAUAGACGGAAUGUACGAACAGCGAGGCUAUUGUACCGGUCGACGCCUCAUGAUCGCUGUUCGCACAACUGACAAUGCAUGGGCUACUAGAAGUUUCAGCGACAAGGUUCUUUGCUUACAAAUAAAUAGUUUCACGUUAGAGUCCUCCUUGGUUCAACAAUCGACUUGAUUCGAGCCUCCCGGCCCCCCUGCUAGUAAAUGACCUC